CUGCUAGUCAAAACCAGAAUGUACUAAUAAUCUUCAACAAGAUGAUGCUAAUUAACCUGCAAAGUGCAUCCAAAACCACAAAGAUACGAGGAAUCUGUGUGUUUAUUGUUGUAUCCUUGUAAAAUUGGCCUGCACUAGAAAGUCAAAGGACCAGAGAUAUUGCUGAGAGCCUCAGAGAAAGUGCCCUCCCAUGUUCCUUCCUCUUUCUUCUUAUAUCCAACUGUCCAGGCAAUCAAUCAGUAUUCACAAGACUAUAAUAGAAUAUUGAAAUUUAAAAUCAAAAAUUUUAAAACAAAAUUUUAUCCUAUGUGUGUUUUUGUGAGAUCAAUAAGGCAUAAUAAGUAUCAAAAACUAUCACGAUCAAGCAGAUUUAAUCAAGAGACGACACUUACUUAAAAGCACAGCUUCACAACGUGAAGGUCUCAACUCCACAUUUUUGCACCCAUCAAAAAUCAAAAUCAACACACAUGGAAGCACGAACAUUCUCCAUAUAUAUACACAUAACACACAAACAAACGUGUAUUCACAUUCACAUACUCAUCCCUUAAACACCAAAACCCUAAAAAAAUGGGAAACUCUUUGAGAUGCAUCUCGCAAGACCAAGAACAGAACCAGAAGAAACCCACCGUCGUCAACGGAGGAGGAGAGAGUAGCAACUCCGAGAAACACGUGCGUAGGCUGUCGCUGAUACCAUCUUUCCGGCGCCGGACAUUACUACCAUCCCUCUCAUGCGCCGGAUCAUCAACGUCUGGAUCGUCCACGUCGAAGAAAGGAGGUGUCAAGACGAAGAAGAAGAUCAGAGAAAGACACCACCAAGAGCAUCAUCACCAUGAUAACGAGAAAGACUCUCGUAUCCAAGAACAAACCUUAGCUGCUACAAAUGUACUCUUUAGCCAGACGCCUCGUAACAGCAACUCUGCUCCUCCUUUCCGACGGUCCACCUCCGUCGUCUAUCCAUCCUCUCAGCCACCUCCCUCCGCCGUGGCCGCCGUCACAGGUUCUGUUUCUGGCGUCCUGACUCCUAAAAAGUCUACUUGUGGAUUCGUGAGGAGUUCCAGCAAUAGGCAGAGAUCAAGCACUGAUCCUGUUCUCAAACCCAAUCAGCUUCUAGACAAGGAGCUGAAGGUGGAAGGUGCAGACACGAAGCGGUUCGUGCUGGUUCAUGGAGGAGGGUUUGGGGCGUGGUGUUGGUACAAAACCAUAACACUCUUAGAGAAACAUGGCUUCCAAGUGGACGCCGUUGACUUGACCGGUUCUGGUGUCAGUUCCUUCGACACCAACAACAUCACCAGCCUCGCUCAGUAUGUCAAACCCCUCCUCCACUUCUUCGACACCUUGAAACCCACAGAAAAGGUGAUUUUAGUGGGACAUGAUUUUGGAGGAGCGUGUAUGUCGUAUGCCAUGGAGAUGUUCCCUUCUAAGAUCUCUAAGGCUGUUUUCAUCUCUGCUGCUAUGUUGGCUAAUGGCCAAAGCACCCUUGAUCUCUUCAAUCAACAGCCUGAGUCAAGUCAUGAUCUGAUGGAACAAGUCCAUCUAUUCUUGUACGCCAACGGCAAAAAGAGCUCGCCAACAGCCGUUGAUUUCGAUAGAUCUUUGCUUAGGGAUUUUUUCUUUAAUCAGAGCCCUCCAAAGGAUGUUGCAUUGGCGUCGGUGUCCAUGAGACCGAUCCCGUUCGCACCGGUAAUCGAGAAGCUCCACGUGUCGGAGAAGAAUUACGGUUCAAUCCGACGGUUCUACAUCAAAACCAUGGAAGAUGAUUACGCUGUACCGGUUUGUCUCCAAGACGCGAUGAUCAAAUCAAACCCUCCAGAGCAAGUCUUCCAGCUCAAAGGAUCCGAUCACGCUCCAUUUUUCUCUCGUCCUCAGUCCUUGAACCGAAUACUCGUCGAGAUUUCUCAAAUUCCUUCCAAGAAAUCUUCCUAAACAUGUAACCGGUUAUGUCAAAACCAAACCGUACCGGACAUAGGAUCCCGUAAACGUAAAGCUAGAGAUUGUCGGAUUUGAUUUCUUGGAGUUUGCUGCAGAGAUAUGAACAUCCCAUUUGCUAUCCUUUUUCAUUAUUUGUAACUUUUCUAUCAAACAGUAACCUUUAUUAUAAAAUUUUGAUUAAUUAAUGCAAAAUAUCAGAAAAGUGAAAUUAAUUAGUGGAGUACGAUAUUUAAAGAACAAAACGACACGGAUUUAGACAGUGAUUGUUCUGUAAAAUUGACGUGCCAGCUAACCGUUACUUUAAAAAAAAAAAUUGUUAUUUUCCUUUGCUAAAUUCGUUCUUGUCUUUUAAAAUACAUGGAUAGAUCUUGCUAAUAGAUUCUUGAAGUAAAAGUGAGGGAUAGAAAUAUCUCACGUUCUCGUUUCAAAAGAGAUCUUUCUAUCAGCUUUUGUGUUGUGUGCCUAUAUAAAUCACAUCACAAGUCACAUGCAUCUUGCUUUCUCUCACUUACUAUUCUUCUUCUCUCCGAUCAUCACCUUGCCGACUCAUAUCAAUUCUUGGAUCUGUUCUUAUCAGAUUCUUCGCAGAGAAGCAAGAUUGAGAGGGAGAGAAUGGGGCGUGGAGUUAGUGCAGGUGGAGGGCAGAGUUCUUUGGGAUAUCUUUUUGGGAGCGGAGAGGCGCCAAAGCCAGCCGUUAACAGUGCCUCAGCUGAAACUCAGCCCCCUCCUCCAUCUACUACACAACCUAAAAC